CUCCAAAUCUAAAAGUUAAGAAAGCAAUUUAUACAUUCCACCAAUGAUUCUCAAUCUUAACAACAAAAUGAUUUUAGUAUCUUGAUGUUAUGUUCAGUGAACAUGGAAAGAAGAAUCCACUUGCAGUUUUCUCUAACCAUAUGUCCUUCGGAUCUUCUUCGCAGAAAAAUGCAAUGACCGCCACAUGUUGUGCUUUUCUAGAUGAAACUGGCUAAUUGAUGAUCUUUCUCCACAAUGGAAGACCAUGGCAUGACCAUGGCUCUACUGGAGCCAACCGCUCCACAGAUUUCUAUUGGACCUCAAGAACAGCCUAGCAGCACUGAGGUUUCAACAGCACAACUUAUCUCAGCUCAUAAGUACCAAAGGAGUGUGGGCUUGGAGGGAGAAGACAACGUCUGUAUAGUGUGUUUGGCUGAGUAUGGAAAAGGUGAGGAGAUGCGUACCCUAGCGGAGUGCAUCCAUAUCAUGCGCCGUGCGUUGAUAUGUGGCUCUUUUCACAUUCAAACUGCCCUCUCUGCCGCACUAACACCACUCAUUUGCUGCCAGUCUCUCCAAUGCUUCGCCAUGGACCAGAUUCCAGUUCUGCAGGGUCACAGCCUGUUAUGCUACAGAGUGUCAUCAUACAUCCUGUCAACCUCAGAUAAUCACAAUUUUCCAGGCAAUCAGAACCUAGUUUCAAGAUGAUAGUAAUAUUGUGCUUCAUUAUGUAAAUAUGUUGAUACUGGAGAAUAUUUUGAAAACUUUAGCCCGAGAUAUAUGCCGAACUUGAUAAGACAUCUAUAAGUUUCAUUCUAACAUGUAUUCCUAAUUUACCUAAAAUCUUCAAGGGGCGUAGAUGCAUUGAGAAUUCAAGAGCGCAACUUAAUCCGGCCUAUUAAUACCGAAAAGGGUCGGCCUUUUGUGAAUGAAGAUGAUAUGUGUUC